UUCUCCCUCUCUACACAAUACAUGCUUCUUCCUUCACUCUCUCAGACUGCAAUUAAAUUCUCAGAGCUAUCACAACCCCUCGUACAGUCCCAUCUGAAAUAACUGCUUCCCAGAAACUUUCCGGUCUCUUUCCGGCAACCCAUACAACCCGAAAGGUGAUAGAGAUGGUGGCCACACUCAUGGCAGCAUCCGCCAGCUCCACGACUGUCCUUAGACCAACCCCGUUCUUGGGUCAGAGAGGAUCCAACGCAAACCCACUUAGAAAUGUUGUUUCUAUGGGAACCGGCAAGUUCACUAUGGGGAACGAAUUAUGGUAUGGACCGGACCGUGUUAAGUACCUGGGGCCCUUCUCUGCUCAAACACCUUCGUAUCUCACCGGAGAAUUUCCCGGAGACUACGGCUGGGACACUGCCGGUUUAUCAGCUGACCCAGAGGCCUUCGCUAGGAACAGGGCUCUUGAGGUGAUCCACGGCCGAUGGGCUAUGCUGGGCGCACUCGGGUGCAUCACCCCCGAAGUUCUUGAGAAGUGGGUUAGAGUGGACUUCAAGGAACCAGUUUGGUUCAAAGCUGGAGCUCAGAUCUUUUCUGAAGGAGGGCUUGACUAUCUGGGCAACCCAAACCUCGUCCAUGCUCAGAGCAUUCUGGCAGUUCUAGGCUUCCAAGUCAUCCUUAUGGGACUGGUAGAAGGAUUCCGCAUCAAUGGCCUCCCAGGAGUGGGCGAGGGGAACAACCUCUACCCUGGUGGAACCUACUUUGACCCCCUGGGCCUUGCUGAUGACCCUGUAACCUUUGCUGAGCUCAAGGUGAAGGAGAUCAAGAAUGGCCGCCUCGCCAUGUUCUCCAUGUUCGGAUUCUUCGUCCAGGCUAUUGUCACCGGCAAGGGCCCUCUCGAGAAUCUCUUGGACCACCUUGACAACCCUGUCGCCAACAAUGCUUGGGUCUAUGCCACCAAAUUCGUGCCAGGAUCUUAAAAUUCAUGUACUUGUUCCCAUAUUUUAUAUUUGUGAAAAUGUAUUGAAAUGGCAAAUGUUUCUGUAGAUUAUCUUAGUACAGUAAUAGGAUUUGGAGAGUGGAACUCAUUUAUAUCAGUCAGAUAGAAUGAAUAUCCUUUGAUAA